AUGCCCCCAGGCGCCAGAUUUCGCGCCUUCAUCAUUGUAGCGAUCUUCUCCGCCGCCGCCGCCGCCGCGGCCCUCGAGUUCCGUGAGGCCCCGAAAUUCUACAACGCCGCCGGCUGUCCCCCCGCCGCCAACGCCUCCUCCGGCGUCUGCGCCGGCGACGUCCACGUGGCGAUGACCCUCGACGCCGCCUACCUCCGCGGCUCGAUGGCCGCGAUCCUCUCCGUCCUCCAGCACUCCUCCUGCCCGGAGAACGUCGCCUUCCACUUCGUCGCCUCCGGCGGCGCCGCUGCCCUCCGCCACGCCGUCUCCUCCUCGUUCCCUUACCUCCGCUUCGAGAUCCACCCGUUCGACGCCGCCGCCGCAGCCGGCCUCAUCUCGACCUCCAUCCGCGCCGCCCUCGACUCGCCGCUCAACUACGCGCGCAACUACCUCGCCGACCUCCUCCCCCACUGCCUCGGCCGCGUCGUCUACCUCGACUCGGACCUCGUCCUCGUCGACGACAUCGCCAAGCUCGCCGCCACGCCCCUGUCCGGCGACGCCGUCCUCGCCGCGCCGGAGUACUGCAACGCCAACUUCACGUCCUACUUCACGCCGACGUUCUGGUCGAGCCCGGCUCUGUCCCGGACGUUCGCCGGGCGGCGGCCGUGCUACUUCAACACGGGGGUUAUGGUGAUCGACCUCCAGCGGUGGCGGGCCGGCGGUUGCACGAGGCGGAUCGUGGAGUGGAUGGAGCUGCAGAAGAGGAUGAGGAUCUACGAGCUUGGGUCUCUGCCGCCGUUCCUGCUGGUGUUCGCCGGGAAAAUAGCUGCGGUGGACCACCGGUGGAACCAACACGGGCUCGGAGGGGACAACUUCCGGGGACUGUGCCGGGAUCUGCACCCCGGGCCCGAGGUCUUUAAAAUGAUCACAAGAGAGACGAGAGAUCCUUUCUGA